AUGGAACUAUUUGAUAUUGAACUAGCGCAAGGAGGGGAUGUUGAGCUCAUGAUCACUGGCACGUCGGAGGUUGAUGACGGCCAGAAAAGAAGUAGCAGCCUUUCAUUCGGAGAAGAGCUAAAGGACCGGAGUAAAUCAGCCAAGUCAACUCCAAGUCGUCUCUAUAUGAUGGAGGGAUUGAAAACAACCGAGUCAUUCUCGGAGAUGUUGGAAGAUUGCUGA